AUGGCUAAAAGAAGACAAAAAAAGAGAACUCAACCAAAGCUUACCGAGGAAGAGAAGGUCAAUAGGGCCAAAGUUCCUCGUUCUAUGGUGCUUAGAAUAGGUUCCAACAUGAAGAACCAUUCAUUGACUCAACUUGUUAGAGAUAUGAGAAAUGUUAUGCAACCACAUACUGCUAUCAAGUUAAGAGAAAGAAAAUCAAACAAACUUAAAGAUUUCGUUGUCAUGGCUGGUCCUUUAAAUGUUUCCCAUUUAUUAGUCUUCAGUCAGUCCGAAUCUGGUACAACACAAUUGAGAUUAGGAAGAAUGUCAAGAGGUCCUACUAUAACAUUUAAAGUUGAGAACUACUCAUUAGCUAAAGAUGUUAGAAGAAUACUGAAGCAUCCAAAAUCAGUCACAAAAGAAUCAAAAGAAUUUUUGAAUCCUCCAUUAUUAGUGUUGAAUGGGUUCACCAAUCCUCAAAAAGCUGAACCUCAUGAAAAAUUACUAAUUACUACAUUCCAAAACAUGUUUCCACCAAUUCAGCCACAUUCCACAAGAGUCAGCUCAGUUAAAAGAGUUUUGAUGAUAAAUAAAGAUCCUGAAACUGGAUUGAUUGACUUGCGUCAUUAUGCUAUAGACACCAAACCUGUUGAGGGUUCCAAGACAGUUAAGAAAUUAAUCAAUGCUAAACAUAAUUUGAGUAAAAGAUUACCAAACUUAGGAAAAGCUACAGAUGUCUCUGAUUUGAUUUUGGAUCCAUAUGCAAAUGGUGCUGGUUUCACAAGUGACUCUGAAGUUGAAGAUGAUAGCAUUGUUGAUGUCAAAGAAGACAGCACUUCAUCAAUUCCUAAAAAGAAAACAGAAGAAGAACAAACAGAGCCAGUUACAAAUGCGCGUAAGAAAGCUAUUAAGUUGACUGAAUUAGGUCCACGUUUGAGAUUAACAAUGACCAAGAUUGAAGAAGGUGUUUGUUCUGGUAAAGUUUUAUACCAUCACAAUAUUAAGAAAUCUAAAUCAGAAGUUGCUAAAUUGGAAGCUAAACAUGCCGAACGUCAAAAAGUUAAAGAUGAAAGAAAACAAAUUCAAUCUGACAACAUCGCAAGUAAAAAGGCUAAAAAGGAAGCUAAAAAGGAACGUCGUAAACAACGUGAAGAAGAAAGAAAAGCUAAUGGUGAAGCUGCAGAUGGUGAUGAAGAAGAGAGUGAUGACAGUGAAAGUGACGAUGAUGAUGAAGCUAUUCCAGAAGAUUUGGAUAGUGACUUAUACAGUGAUGUGGAUGAAAUUGAAUCUGAUGAUGAAUAG